AUGGCUGAUUAUAUUGAACGUGUAUCAUUUGUUGAUUGGUUAUCAAGAAUACUAUUUCAAGUAAUAUGGGUUUCAUUUUUACUUUCAAUUAAUCCAUCAAACCAAUCUAAUCAUGAAAAUGAACAUACAACAAUUAAUUUAACAAAAAGAAGCAAUUUUAAAAAUAAAUGCAGCACAAUAAUUUUUAGUGUAAUAACAUUUUUAUUAAAUGCACUUCAAUUUAAUUGUUCAGGAAAUCCAGUUGAUAUGACAUUUGGAUAUCGAUGUCGAAAUAAAUCUAUUCUAUUUGUAUUAACAGAUAUUGGUGAUUAA